UUUCGUUUUAUUCUUUGGUAUAUCUUAUGAAGUAGCAUCCAAAUGGCAGCAAAACCCUUUUCAAAAGAAGAAUUGAAUUUCUUCAAAUUUGCAUCCAUCGUUCACGAUGAAUUUCCAAAGAUGUUACGUUGGACAUUUGUGGCAUUGUGGAAUUCGAAGAUUGCACCGUUGCCUGGUUACCAAGUUUGGGACGACUCACCCGCAGUUCGUACGCUUCUUUCGAAACGAGAAGGCGGUAAAACUGCCAUACCAACCAAUGAUUCGUUCGAGGAAUGGGAUUGUACAGCCCUGUUCAAGGCAACUAUUUACUCUAAGACAUUUGGAAUCUCUACGACAACAACGAUCAAGACACUCAGUGAUCAAUUCAUAAAGGGAAAGAAACCCAAUCCUUUUCAUGCCUCGCUGACCAGUCCAACUGGAAACCAGGAUGAAACCAUAUCUUUAGCAAUCGACCAAGUUCGACUGCUUAGAAAUCACUUAUGUCACUCGUCCGCGUCCAGCAUAACAAAACCCGAUUUUGAUGAUUAUGUUCGACUUGCUAAGGAUGCUUUUACCGCAACUGGAUUCUCAACUGAUCAAAUUGAUUAUAUUGGUGGUCUUGAGGAAGGAGACUUUCCAACUGAGAGAGUUAGUGAGUUGAUUAGGGCUGUGCUGGAAAACCGCAAGUUUCUUGAAGAAAGGGUAGAAAAUAGAAUAACAGCGAUUAAUAGUGAGCUGGAGAACAUCAAACUUAACCAUGAACAUGUUAUUAAAAAACUUGAUAGAAUUGAAGAAAAUGCCUAUAAAGCCCCGGCUUCUCGAACAGAAUGUUCAGCAACUGGGGAGGGAAAUCGUGGGUUCGAAGCCAUUGAUGUAAGGACUGAUGGAGAAAAUAAACUGAAAAAGGAACAUGAAAAGAAUUCUAUGUCGCCAAAGAUACAUAAUCCGUCCAAGGAUAGUGAGUCCCAAAUAGAGUGCUGCAUUCCAGACAAACCAAAAAAAUUUGUUGGUCGUAAUGCUAUAGUAGAGCAGAUAAUGUUUUCCUUGGCCAAGGUUGGCUGUGGAAUCGUCUCUAUUGUCGGUGGUCCUGGUUUUGGCAAAAGCACUAUUGCUAUUGAAGUUUCUCAUCAAUUAAGCGAUAAACCGCAUAACAUUGACGUUAUUUUCUCCUUUAUGUCACGUGCUUUUACAGUUUCCGAAGUAAGUAAACGUCUCUGUGGUGACAUUCGUGGCGUCAAUCCUGGCGAAGAUCCUGAAUCAUCGUUGAUGUAUUGGUUGAAAGGCGUUCAGAAGAGAACUGUCCUUGUUAUGGACAACAUCGAGCAGCUGCUUGAAACCGAUGUGAAACCUGAGUUUGUUAACUUUGUGCUUACGCUCCGUAAAAAUUCACGGCAAAAACUACAGAUUCUAACAACGACAAGAACCGAAUUCUCGAUUUCUGGGGUAACAGAAAACUAUCAAGUAAAGGAGUUGGAUGAAAUAUCUAGUGUCGAACUUUUGAAAAUGUAUUGCCCUAAUGAGGUUGAAAAACCCAAUUAUUUGUCUGAAUUGGCUAACCUGUGUGGUUUCGUUCCUCUCGCCCUGUGUAUCACAGGAACACUGAUUCCAGAUCUUGAUGAUCCUUUAGAAUUGAUUCAAUGGUUAAAAGAGGAGCCUAUGGAAACAUUGAGAAACUGUGAACAGUGUGUUCAACAAGCUAUCGAGUUUUCUUUUAAGAAGUUGAGUGUGGAAGAUCAGAAGGGGUUCGUUUGCCUUUCAGUAUUUGAUGGCAAUUUCCAGAGAAAGUCUGCUGAGGAAGUAAUUCAGAAAAAUGGGCCGAAAACUCAAAGUUUCUUGAGAAAUUUGGUCAGUCGAAGUUUAAUACAAAGUACUAGUGAUAAACGUUUUGUGAUUCAUUCGCUCAUCCGACGGUUCUUGACUGGUCAUAAGCAAUAUCAGAAUGAAAAGACAAUGGCACAAGGACUCAUGGUGAAGCAUUUUCUAAAGAUGUGCCAUUCAUUGACCAUAAAGUGUUAUUCACGUGACGCCGAUGACGGGUUUACAAGCGCCAGGGAAUCGCUGAAGAAGGAUAUCCACAAUGUCGAGGAGACUCUUAAAGUCUGCAGUCAAGAUCAGGCGGCCAAUAUUAAUCCAAAUGCCAGUGAGUUUUUGGCAGGUAGUGAUAUUUACAAGUCUUCAUACAGGUUUUUUCACAACUUCAGCUGGGAUCUUCUCACAGAAAAGGUUUUAAUAAAUUUCUCGAAAGCUUGUAUUAAACUGGCCGAGCGUCUACAGCAACCAAUUAUUAAGAUCACAUUUCAAUAUCAGAUAGCAGAUCAAAAAGGUCAUGGUUGCGGAUGGAAGACUACAGAUCAAGAAUACACCAACCAAGUUGAGAUAAUCAAGGCAGCGUAUCACAAAAAUAAAGCAUUACUAAAAGAAGAUAGACACCUAUACAUGUCUUGUAACUAUUUACUCGUUCGAUAUCACUAUAAAAAGGAAAAAGAAUGCCUGCCGGUUGACCUUACGGAAGACGACCUUACGGAAGACGACCUUAUGGAAGACGACCUUCCUUCUUUGCCUGAAAUCAAGGUAUUAAGUACUAUCAAGAAAGCGGCCGAGACCCAUGCUCUAAUGAAGCGUGGAAACUUAAGCAAACUGCGUGCGAAUAAGAUGUUCCGUGUGGACAGGGAAAAGUAUUACAAAUACAUGCACAUUGCAGAAUCAUCUUACAAUCAGGCGUUGUCUUUAGCAGAAGAGCUUUUCGGAGAUCACGAAUUAACAUGUGCUUUGAAUAAACUUUUGGGUGACCUAUUCUCCAACCUGCACAAAAACGACGAGGCGCUGACAUACUAUACCCAUGCUAUAAAUCUCUACAAGAGACUAAAAUUCGAUUCUAACGAACAGUUUGUGAUAUUGCUCAAGAAUUGCGGGGCGUGCCUUUCUUAUAUUUAUAGUUUUGAUGAAUCAAUAGCAAUGUUAGAGGACGCUCGUGACAUAGCUGAAAAGCUCGCUGAAAAGCCCACCAGUUGUAAAGCCCUGGUAUAUAGCCAGUUAGCAAUAACUUCUAGUUCCAGAAAAUCUGAUUGCCCAAAAGCCGUAGAAUAUGCAAAAAAGGCAAUUGAGAUGCAAGAGGUGUUGGACUGGCGCUACGUAGAAACUAUGAAAAAGAUUAUUAAACAGUCAGAGGAAAAUGCGGUGGUACAAAGUAUUAUUGAUUCAUUAACAGAAGCCGGCAAUGUUCUGGCAACUGAUGUAAGGCCUCGACUAAAAAGCUGCAUACCCGACCGAAACCCAAAAUUUACCGGCCGUUCCAGCAUAAUUAAGCAAACAAAGUAUUCCUUGGUGGACGCUGGCUGUGGAAUUGUCUCCAUUGUUGGUGGACCAGGCUAUGGAAAGACCGCUGUUGCAGUUGAAGUUUCCCAUCACUUGAGCAAAGAACAUGACAUUGUCGUCAUUUUCUUAUAUCUGUCACAUGCUUCAACCGUUUCUGAGGUAAGACAAAGUCUUUAUCAUAGCGCUGGCAUCAAUCCUGGAGAGGAUCCUGAAUCAUCGUUCAUGUUUUGGUUAAAGAGUAUUCAAGAGAAGGUUGUUCUUGUGAUGGACAACAUCGAGCAGCUGCUUGAAGGCAAACGGAAAUCUCAGUUUAUUGAAUUAGUGCGUACCCUCCGCAAAAAUUCACAGCAACGUGUGCAAAUCCUAACAACAACAAAAACCGAAUUUGUAAUCCCGUCGCCAAACGGUAUAAACCAUCAGAUAGAAUACUUGGACGAAAAAUCGAGUGUCGAACUUUUGAGGAAGUGUUGCUCUAGUAAAGAAAUUGAAGAUACAUACUUGUCCGAAUUGGCUAAGCUGUGUGGUUUUAUUCCUCUCGCAUUGUGUAUCGCAGGAACACUAAUUCCAGGUCUUAGCGAUCCUUCAGAGUUGAUACAGUUGAUGCAGUGGUUAAGAGAAGAGCCUUCGAAAGGAUUGAGGAGUUCCGACCAGUGUAUUCUACAAGCCAUUGAAUUAUCUUUUCAUAAUUUGAGUGAUGAAGAUCAGAGAGCGUUAGUUUGUCUUUCGGUAUUUGAUGGGGAUUUCCAUACCAAAUAUGCGGAAGAGGUAAUUGGAAGAAGUGACUUGGAAACCCUUGAAUUUUUGAAGAGUCUCGUUUGCCGAGGUUUAGUACAAGAAAAAAGUGAUAACCGCUUUGUGAUUCAUUCACUUAUCCGACAGUUCCUGGCUAAUCAUGAUCAAUUUCAAGAUGAAAAAAUAGAUGCCCAAGUGUGUAUGGCUACGCACUUUUUAAAGAUGUGCGAUUCCUUGGCCAUGGAUUAUUAUUCGAAAAACGGAUAUACUUGCGCCAUAGAAACAUUGAGGAAGGACACCCACAAUGUCGAGAGAACACUACAAAUCUGCUCCCAAGAUCAGCCAAACAACCUGAUGCCAAACCUGUACGAGUUGUUAACACGUAGUGAUAUUUACAAAAAUCCACCUAGCUUCUUUUAUAACUUCAGUUUGGAUGCUCUUUCAGAAACGAUUCUAAGAAGUUUUUUUGAAUCUUGUAUUAAACUGGCCGAAAGUCGAAAGCAACUAGCCAUUGUGAUAUCGUUUCAUUGUCUACUCGCAUAUCUGGAAGGUCGUAAAUCGGCAUGGAAAUCUUCUGAAGUCGUCGACAGAAUGGAGAAGAUCAGGUCAGCUUUUCACGAAAAUAAAGCGAUGCUGAAAGAGCAAUGGUCCUUGUUUUUGUUUUGUUACUACUUUCUCACGCGCUAUGAUUCAAACAAAGCAACAAAUGCACCGCCAACUGAUCUUUCCAAACUUGAUUUUCUGACAAUACCUGAUUUGAAAGCAUCAAGUAUUAGCGAAAGAGUAGCGGAAGCACGUAUUGUAAUUGAACUUGGAAAUUUGUACAAGAAACGAGCAAAUAACGCAAUCAAGGAAGACAGGCAAAAAUCUGAUGAGUACAUGAACAAAGCUAAAUCAUUUUACAACCAAGCUUUGUCGUUUGCUAGAAUGUCGUUGGACAACCACGAAUUGACAUGCAUUCUUCUUAAACUUCAUGGAGACUUAUUUCUUAACUGGCAUAAAAACAAACAAGCAUUGGAAUGUUACACUGAUGCCAUAAAUCGGCGAAAGGAAAUAAAAAUCGAUUCCAACAAGCACUUCGUGUUCUUGUUGAAGAAUCAAGGGGCGUGCCUUGCUUAUCUUCAUGACUAUCAUGAAUCACUUAAAACACUACUGGAAGCUUACCACGUAGCCAAGAUGAUAUCUGACAAACACAGCCUUACAACCCAGGUAUAUGAUGAGUUGCUGAAAACGUGGGGUCAUUGGAAACGCACUGGAAAAUAAACAAUAUGUUACUUCUCGUUUCUCGUUGAUAACUCGUUUUUGAAAAAUUUACCACAGAAAAAAAUUAACAUUAUUCGGUCACAGUUUUGCACGGACAAAUGCACAGGACAUUUUCGAAUCCACGUGAUUUUUUUGCGCUCAGUUAUGUUUUCAGCCGUGACCGCUCAGUUCAUAGUUUUAGAUACGUUGGUAAACAAAUCAACCGGUACAAUGACUAUGAACAACUACAGAAAUUCAUUGGAAAUUUGGAUUUGAUAUUGAUACAGUGAACCGGUGUUUACAUGCAAUUACACUGUACAUUAGAGUACUGCUUUGUUAUUGAACGAGCAUGCGCGAAUUUCAUUAUAAUUAUUCAUAGGCACAAAAACGGGACCUUCAUGAAAAACCACGUAUUAGUCAU